UUUUUGUUUUCACCAUGUCGUUUUUCUGGUUGUGUUCGCCGUUUUUUAUGCUCUCUGUGUGUGGGGAUUCAUUGCCAUGGAAUACUCAAAGGGGUAGUCGAAGAUGGUUAGGAAAAUAAUCCUCGUAAUAGCAUUGGCUGUAGCUGCAAGCACAAUUUAUCAGACAUGGAUAAAUCAAUUAGAAACUCCGCUCUGGUUUUCAAAUCCUGUGAUCACCCAUGCCCAGAGUUCGAGUUCUUCUCUGUCCCCUGUUGGCUCAAAUUUGGAUUACAAUUUGUCCCAGACAUUGGGCUUAGAUUUUCAGUCGCACCCACCUGUGAAUUCCCAGAUGGGUUUGGAUUUUCAGUCGUACCCACCUGUGAAAUCCCAAAUGGGUAUGGAUCAGUCACGCCCACCUGUGAAUUCCCCUGAUAAAUCUGAGAUAGAUAAGAAUUUGGCAGUUGAAGAAACUGCCCAAGAAUCCGCAUCUGUGGGAUCUAGGGAUAAGUCUGAGAUACCGAGAAUAGUAAAAUCUCCUGUGGAUUCCAGGAAAGGCAAGGCAUUCAAAGCAUUUCUAGAGCGUCAGCAAGAGCUUCUGUUGGCAAAGAAAGAGAUUGAGAGUUAUGUGGGUGCUGUGGAUGAUCGUGAUCUCUAUAGGCCUCUUUAUCACAAUGUUUGUAAAUUCAAAAAGAGUUAUGAGUUAAUGGAGAAGAUAUUUAAGAUAUAUGUGUACAGGGAGGGCCCAAAACCAUAUUUUCAUCAACCAGAACUGAAGGGCAUUUAUGCAUCGGAGGGAUGGUUCAUGAAGUUGAUGGAUCAAAACAAACAGUUUGUUGUGAAAGAUCCAUGGAAGGCCCAUAUGUUUUAUUUGCCAUACAGUCUUCACAGGCUGGUUGAGGGGAUGUAUGAUCCAAAUUCUCACAACCUGCAUCCAAUAUCAUUGUUUCUGAGGGAUUAUGUCAACAUGAUUGCUUCCAAGCAUCCAUUCUGGAAUAGAACACAAGGGACUGAUCACUUCUUUGUUGCCUGCCAUGAUUGGGGACCAUACACAACAACAGAGCAUCCACAGCUUCGGAAAAAUGCAAUUAAAGUUCUAUGCAAUGCUGAUUUAUCUGAAGGAUAUUUUGUUUUGGGAAAGGAUGUAUCCCUUCCUGAAACAACUUUGCGUAAAAUCGCACAUCCUACUGGAAACAUAGGUGGCAAAGCUGUCUCAGAGAGAUCUAUUCUUGCUUUCUUUGCUGGGAAUAUACAUGGCAGGGUAAGGCCAAUUCUCCUGAAGUACUGGAAAGGCAAGGAUGAUGAUAUGAAAAUUUAUCAUCUCUUACCUGCUCGUGUUGCCAAAAAAAUGUCUUAUUCGGAGCACAUGAAAUCAAGCAAGUACUGUAUCUGCCCAAUGGGUUAUGAGGUAAAUAGUCCACGCAUUGUGGAAGCCAUCUACUAUGAGUGUGUUCCAGUAAUAAUAGCAGAUAAUUUUGUUCAUCCUUUGAAUGAGGUUCUGAAUUGGGACGCCUUCUCGAUAACUGUGGCAGAGAAGGACAUUCCCAAGUUGAAGGACAUUCUUUUGAGCAUUCCUCAGCAGAAGUACCUUUCAAUGCAAUUAAGUGUGAGGAAAGUCCAAAGGCAUUUCUUAUGGCAUGCAAAGCCUGUUAAGUAUGAUAUUUUUCACAUGAUUCUUCACUCCAUCUGGUUUAAUAGGUUGAAUCAGAUUGAAUCAUAGAAACUAUUGACGGUAGAAGUCAGUGGGGCAUACAGUCUAAGUGCUUGGGAAAGAAACAUAAAAAUGGGGAGGAUAAAAUGCAGAUUGUGAUCCCUUAAAGUGAUAAAAGCAAGACAUGAAGACAUUUUGCUCUCCGAGUCAUUUAAAAAUAAAAUGUGGAUUGUGAUUCCUUUUAGGUGAUAAAAACCAGAUGUGGAGACAUUUCUCUCUGAACCAUUGGAUUCCACAAAUUUUCAACAGUGAAAAUGAGAAUCCAUUUUGGGCUACAGGCAGCUGCAGGAGAACAUUGUACUUAACACUACACUGAACAUAAAAUAUCUUCUGCACUAUGACAGUGUGGGAUGGAAUGUUAUGUGUUGGCCCAGCCUGACAAUAAGGAAGAUCUGAUGAGGGGAGCAUUUGUAGAAACGUUAUGUCUCCACAUUAAAGAAAAUAAAGGCAAAACAUCUUUGUGAAGCAUUGAUGAUAUUUACAACUGCAGAGGGUAUCCUUUUCUGCACCAUGCCAAUUGAACGAUAAGCACAUCGAUUCAAAGAACUUCAGCAAUUACUUAAAAGACUGCGCCAUGCCAGUAUUUUCAUAUUUCUGUCAAUAUCUUUUAUUGGCACAAAUGAGUUGAUCCUGUACUUCCCUCCGUGCAUCUAAUCAAAGCAUUCAAAGCACUAGUGUUGAUGUUGGAGAAUUAGCAAAUGAAAAUCAGUUUCAUACAACAUUUUGUUUUCUAAUUUCUAUUGAUAUAUUCUUGUUGAAGUAACUGAAUUCAUUUUUUUUCUAAUCUCUUUAUGGAUAGGAUCUACCUUAUCUAAGUACAUGCAGAAAUUUGACUAAUGGUGUGUUGCUUUCACAUUAUGGUAAGAAAAUUGCACGCACAGGUCACUCCACAGUGUGAAGGAAGAAACUCUCACUGUCAUCAGGAGCCACAAGUUUUAACAUCUGGUCUGAGAGGCCAUGGGAUUGAAUCUCAUUCUUGGCAUUCUUGAUUUAGACAUUAUUGAACUUUUAUUGUUAGCGACAAUUGGGAGGGUGCCUCCUGCCGUUAAGUAGAAUCUUCAUGUCAGUGAAAUCUCCAAUAUAUAAGCCCAGUAUGAUCGGAAUUUGGGAGGACCUGCUUUGAGUGAAUAGUGUGUAAUCCCCAGUGGAGAAGUAUUCUGGAGCCAUGCUUGAACGUGACAGGAUGGUUUGGUGUUUAAGGACUGGUACAGCUGGAAUAUGAAUCCAAGCUCAUUAUAGCACACAGGCAUCUCAUUCAGAGUAGAGGGGAUGUAAGAAAAUUUCAUAUUGAGAAAUCAAGAACAGCUUCAGUAAUCUAUGGUUGUGAACUAUUUCCUCACCAAGUUCUUGCCAAUCUGACAGAAUAUAAUAUGGUGGUUAGUAAGGAAAGAACUUUAACAUUCGUUGCAUCAAUCAAGAAUGAAGAUAUACAGCUCUAGCCUGGCUAAGUAUCUAGUUGAUUAUUGCUUAUUUCCCAUAAAACUAGCCAAUAGGGUUAGCCGCACCACAUUCAUGACUACAUAAAUUCAAAACCACCCCUUGCUUUCCUUGCCUAUGUUGUGGAAAACUGGUUUUAAUGGACAAUUUUUUUA